AUGCCCCCCUCUCGAAUUCUCAAACCGAAUCGCCGCCGGAUUCCGUCUUUUCCGGCUACCACACUGCUUCCUCUUCCAAAUCGCCUAGCCCGCAAGAACAGAAAAGCUACCCCCACAUCUGAGUUGACUCAUGAACAAAUCGAAUAUCUCGUCGCGGAGGCCAACGCCAAGACUGAGCAGCGAAGCAAGCCGUGGACCGCCGUUCCCAAUCCCAUUCCGGACACCGGCAUCAACACCGUGAACCAACAUGCCGAGCUCAAGCAUAUCAGUUCUGUGUCUGAAGCGUCCAUCUCGUCUAGCGUUUUCACGACUUCCACCUUCUCGCAGAGCUCUCCGAUAUCGUCUGCGUCUACUGGCCUCAUAUACCAUCCUUCUUCGACCACCAUCAACCAGCUCAUUGCCUCAAGACAAACUCCCCAAGCCCUGCAAUCGUCUAUCCCUCCGAUGCCAACCAAGUCUGCGGCACCUAUUCCUCCUUCUACUCAUCGGCUCUCCGGAGUAGCCAUCUCGCUGAUUGCCGUCGCGGGUGUUUGUCUUCUGGUCGGCGUAUUCUUUCUGUUCAAAGUUUGUCUUCGACCCACUCGUGCUCCCCGACCUGUCCCAUCGCGUCCCAUACUUGAUCCAUCAUUGGCUGAUGACGACAUCUUUCAACCAAAGCUGGAAGACUCGCCAGUGUUCGGCGGGAAAGAAAGGAUGUCAGAACGACCCAGCAAUGCCGGUCUAUUUCAAUGGACACAGUAUACGGCCCCGAAGGAAAAGACGAUGACGCUGGGCAAUGAUGACGAGAAGUCUCGGUUCGACGAGACACGCGUUUCUCAAAUCUCUGCGGCCUCUGAAUACCCAGCCCCCAUUCAACAAGUGCAGAAUGUCCUCAAUCGAGCAGCCCACCGCAUCUCUAGUGCCUCCGCCUCAUUCUAUCCAACCUCUCAAGCUCAAUUGGUGACAUCUUUCACGGCAGACGGACAAUCAGUUAUCGAGCGUAUCAAUCCAAAGAUUCUUCAACGCAGCAGAAGCAGUACGGUUGGCGAGAGAAGCCGUAGAGAUUUGAGCCAGACGAAAACUUCGCGAUAUUCAUAUGGAUUUGCUUACGAUGGAGCUGAGGUGGCCUCUCCUAAAUUGCCAAUGCAAAGUCCAGCCAUCCCUACCCCUCAAGGUCGAACACGAAUCAUGUCUUCGUAUUAUGCUCAUCCACGGACUUCCCAUGCACAGCCGACCGGAAAGGUUCAUGAACCCAAAACUGCUUCCUCUGCGACAACACCCAUAACGACUGUUCCAGUAUCCCCUCAAUCAACGCUAUAUCCAGAUGAUUCGCUAAGCAUGGUUGAAGCCAGGCGCAAUCGAAUCCCUCGUCGUACUCCGACUGCCAACGCCAAUGCACGCGUUAGCCGUGUUUUUGGACGAGAGGAUUCGCGUGGGGUCAUCGCUUCUCCGACCGUCGAUGCGACAGCAGCGUUGGGUAACCUGAUGCUGAUGGACUUUGGGGGAACAAAACAGAGUGGUCUGAACGCUACUUUGUCGUCCUCGUCCUCGUCUGCUAACACUAAAUCGAUGGCUCGUAGUGACGAUAAACCACCCCGAGUUCCUUCCCCACCGCCGUUACCCUCUUUAGCACAAAUGAGCUGGGAGCAUUCUAAUCCAGAAGGUUAUGCGGACUAUCGCAGCCCGACCUACAGUAUCUAUAAUUUGUACGGAAAAUAG